AUGGCGUCAAUAUCAUCAUCAUCUGAAAACUUUGAACCAGAUGAAGAGUUAGUACGAGAUGCAGCCUUAUGCCUACGAAGUUUCUCUGGAUCUCGAGAGGUGAUUCCAUACAGCAAGUUUUGUGAAAGAUUCAAAAAGACAGCUGGUUAUUCAAUCAAGGAAUACUUGCAAAAAUGUGACUAUACUUUCGCUGAUGUUAUGAUAAAAGUCUCAUGCACAACACGUACGAAGUGCGAGUACGAUGUGGAUCAGAAAAUGAUCACGUUGAUACCAGAAAAAGCUCUAUGGGAGGGAAAUCCGCUGAUUUCUUCCGCACCAACUACUCAUGGAGGUUUUUCUGGAACCCAACCGAUACCAGUAUUCAUCGGAUUACCUUUUUUGAAUCCGUACGCUCCUCUCUUCGUCCCACGCUAUCAACCAUUUAUGUUCACAGCAGUCCCUUUGAACAACAGACAUCCAUUUAUGGCAGGUGAUGUUCCGUAUUAUUCCCAGCCUGUUAGUGCUUUUCCGCUGAUGACAACCAGUCUAACAGCGAAUCCAAAUGAUAACCAUACGAGCGGCCAACUUCAUAACAACGAGAUUGGACAGAAUGCGAGGAAAUUCUCUGCUAACUAUUUUGUUACAAGCAUGGAAUCGAACAGUGUAACAGAAAACGCAUCUUUAUCAUCAGCGGCUGUUCCAUGGAGCACUUGCGAUAGUUUUGGUUUGAAUUCUGCGCUUGUGUCGGAGCAAGAUACGGAACAAGAGCUGGCUUCCAUUGAGGAAUGCGAACAAGUGACAGAUGGUUCAGAGCAGGUAGCAGGGAGACGCGAGGGGGAUAUGGAUGAAUUACAUUAUGACGAUGCGAAACACGGUGGAGCGUACGACGUACCUACGAUCAAUGCAGUGGAUUUGACAGAUUUGAGUGUUUCUGACGAACCAACACACAUUACGAAUGUUGAACAUUUCAGCGUAGAAGGAAGUGACGACUCAUACUAUUACGACGCUGAAGAAGAGUUUACGCUCGAGAAUCGCGCGGUCCCUAUUGGAGACCAACAAAUCCAAACGCCAGGACAAUUCGGAAUGCACAACCCUGCCGAGGACAAUCGUUCUGAAACAGGCUCAAGCACUGUAGAUGAUGACUUGUUUGAUGGCGAAAGAGUGAAACAAAGGGAACCACGAAGAGAUUCCAUGCCAGAACUGCCGAUUUUGCGCAGCAUGGACUUUUGUGUAGUGGAGCCACAAGGUCCGAUAACUAGCGAAGAUGUUGAAGACAAGGAAGCGAAGCGCAGGCGACGUAUGCUUCAUGUGUUCUGGUUACUAAAAGCCAAUGCAUGUCUUGACAUUUUGCAAGAUGGUUGCCUUCGAGAAAAACCAUAUUCAAAUCAAAAAGAAGCAAGAAUAGAAAAACGAAGGUUUCAAAGGAUGGAACGCGGAACGAAAGGUGUAACGUUCAAUCGAACAACUCCUGUUGUUGAUCCCGAUAUCAAACAGCUGAGGAUUGAUGCAAAGAAGGAAUGUCUCCGACUUUGGAGUGCUGAUGUACGGAAUAUGGCCGAGCUCCUUUGUUUCCUCAAAGUUUUCCAUAAUGUGAAUGGUCCAAUGCUCAUCGAUGACUGCGAGUAUCAUAUUGAGGCGUUCAUAAAUCCGUCAUGUACACCAGGAGAUCUCUCUUGGAUCAAAUAUGGUAAAAAUAUGAGCGUAAGACGAAUGUUUGAGUUGAAAAUGUUUCGAUUGGUUAAUCCAAAUGACAGGAAAAAGGUGCAACCGGUUGACUGCGUCCUUAAUGCAGGAUUUCGUAUACUCUCAAAAGGUGUAGUUAGUGAGGUGUACAAAAUUCUGACCCACACGAAAAAAGGAACUAUAGAAGAUAUCACUCAGCAAAUCCAGAAAUUCGUCGACAAAACUGAAAAUGAAUGCAUUCGAGAAGUUCACGAAGCUAUUAAUAGUGCACCGGAUGUGUUUGCGGUUCACGAGGGUCAUGUAGAACUCAGAAAUGACGAUGAGUUCUUCGUCGUAACUGACAUUGCAUAG